GCGCGACUGGGGCGGGGCGAGUGGGAGGAGUGAAAGUUGGAGCCCAACAAAACCCUCCACCUCGCUCCGAACAGCCAGACCUGCGCUGCGACCUCUACACAGGUGGUCGUGCCAGGCACCGCCGAGAUGUUGCCUAAAGUUCUCCUGAUGCUUCUCAACAUGUUCCUGGCCCUUCAGUGGAGGGUUGGACCUCAUGUUAAUCUGGAGAAUAAACCCCCUGCCCAAGAUAAGGUAGUCUUUGGCCCUCAGCCUCAGCCUGUGCCACAGCCUCUAACUCCGCCUGAAUCUCCUGCUGGAGAUACUGUAGUCUUCGGCCCUCAGCCCCAGCCCCAGGCUGAAUCCCCUGGCCAUGAUGAUGUAGUCUUUAGUUCCCAGCCCCAGCCGAUGCCUCAGCCUCAGCCGAUGCCUGAGCCCCAGCCUCAGCCGGAGCCGGAGCCUGAGCCGCAGCCGCAGCCACAACCACAGCCGUUGGCUGGGCGCCAGCCUCUGCCCCAGCCCCUGCCUUGGCCCAUGCCUCAGCCCCAGCCGGAGCCAGAGCCUGAGCCAGAGCCUGAGCCUGAGCCUGAGCCUGAGCCUGAGCCUGAGCCUGAGCCUGAGCCUGAGCCCCAACCAGAACCUCAGCCUCAGCCUCUGGCUGGCCGUCAGCCUCUUCCCCAACCUCUGCCUUGGCCCCUGCCACUGCCUUUGCCCGAGCCCCAACCUGAGCCUCAGCCUGAUCCCCAACCCGAACCUCAGCCUGAACCCCAACCUGAGCCCCAACCCGAGCCCCAACCUGAGCCCCAGACCCCAGGCCAGGUCCAGGCUGGGCGCCAACCCCGACCCAGACCUCAGCCUGAGCCCCAGCCCCAGCCUGAGCCUCAGCCUGAGCCACAGCCUGAGCCACAGCCACAGCCUGAGCCUGAGCCCGAGCCCCAGCCGGAGCCUGAGCCCCAGCCUGAGCCUGAGCCUCAGCCGGAGCCCCAGCCGGAGCCCCAGCCAGAACCCAAGCCGGAGCCUGAGCCCCAGCCUGAGCCUGAGCCUCAGCCCGAGCCCCAGCCUGAGCCCCAGCCUGAGCCCCAGCCAGAACCCAAGCCGGAGCCUGAGCCCCAGCCAGAACCCAAGCCGGAGCCUGAGCCCCAGCCUGAGCCUGAGCCUGAGCCUGAGCCUGAGCCUGAGCCUCAGCCCGAGCCCGAGCCCAAGCCGGAGCCCCAGCCGGAGCCUGAGCCUGAGCCUGAGCCUGAGCCGGAGCCGGAGCCGGAGCCUGAGCCGGAGCCUGAGCCUGAGCCGGAGCCGGAGUCGGAGUCGGAGCUGGACCUGGAGCCGGAACCGGAGCCCCAUCCCCAUCCCCAUCCCCAUCCCCAUCCCCAUCCGGAGCCCGAGCCCGAGCCCGAGCCGGAGCCCGAGCCAGAGCCAGAGCCAGAGCCAGAGCCAGAGCCAGAGCCAGAGCCAGAGCCAGAGCCAGAGCCAGAGAUGAAAUCAGAGCCCCAGUCCCAGCUGGAGCCUCAACCUAGUGGAAAGAAGCUUCCAGCAAAAGAACCAGAACUCACUGUUGAUUGCAUGACUGAACGCCCAGGUGGGAAACUGACAAGAGCUUCUCGAAUCCUUAACACCAUCCUGAGCAACUAUGACCAUAAACUGCGCCCUGGCAUUGGAGAGAAGCCUACUGUGGUCACUGUUGAAGUCAUUGUCAACAGCCUCGGGCCUAUUUCCACCCCAGACAUGGAAUAUUCCAUUGACAUCAUCUUCCACCAGACCUGGAAUUCUAAGAGGACCCAAGAGUAUGAUAUCACCAUACCUAACCAGAUGGCUCUCAUCCACAAGGAUGGAAAGGUGUUGUACUCAGUUAGGAUGACCAUUGAUGCAAGAUGCUCACUCCACAUGCUCAAUUUUCCAAUGGAUUCUCACUCUUGCCCUCUGUCUUUCUCUAGCUUUUCCUAUGAUGACAGUGAAAUGAUCUACAAAUGGGAGAAUUUCAAGCUCGAAAUCAAUGCGAAGAACACUUGGAAGCUAUUGGAAUUUGAUUUUACAGGCGUGAACAACAAAACUGAAAUCAUCUCUACCCCAUUUGGUGACUUCAUGGUCAUGACAUUCUUCUUCAAUGUAAGCAGGCGGUUUGGCUUCAUUGUCUUUCAAAAUUAUGUUCCUUCUUCUGUCACCACAAUGCUCUCCUGGGUCUCCUUCUGGAUCAAGAUAGAAGCUGCUGCUGCCAGGGCCUCUGUAGGGGUCAGUUCUGUGCUCACCAUGGCCACGCUGGGUACCUUGUCCUGUAAGAAUUUCCCUCGUGUCUCCUAUCUCACGGCUUUGGACUUCUAUAUUGCAAUUUGUUUCGUCUUGUGCUUCUGCACUCUGCUAGAGUUUGCUGUGCUCAACUUCCUGACCUACAAUAAUAUUAAACGACAGGCUUCUCUAAAGGUCUACCAACUUCCAACCAAUAGCCGUGCUAAUGCACGUACUCGUGCUCGUGCACGCACCCGCGCUCGUGCUCGUGCCCGUGCACGACAGCAGCAGGAAGUGUUUGUGUGUGAGAUUGUCACCUAUGAGGAAAAUGCUGAAGAGGGGUAUCAAUGGUCUCCAAGAUCAAGAAGACCUCAGUGUCCCUGGAGGCGGUGUGGCAGAAGCUAUGUGUGCUUCAGGGUUCUCAGGAAGUAUUUCUGCAUGGCUCCUGGUUGUGAGGGAGGCAGCUGGCAGCGGGGCCGCAUCUGCAUCCAUGUUUAUCGUCUGGAUAACUAUUCGCGGGUGCUUUUUCCCAUUACAUUCUUCUUCUUUAAUGUGCUCUACUGGCUGAUUUGCCUUAACCUGUAGGCUCCAGCCAGUAGCUCAUGGAGCAACCACCUCAGUUCCCCAUGUGGUCCUAAGCCCUUUUGCCAAGGGAGUUGAGAGACAAUAGCAGCAGCAGCAAGCCUGAGGAGAGUAUGUCUCUGCUGGUCCUCCUUCUGUUGGCCCCUUCACUCAAUCUUCUCAACAGCACUUCUCAAGUAACAGCUCACCUCUCUAUUCUUCAAAGAGUAUCCAUGAUGUUCAGUGUGCCCACAUUUGAACAGAUAAGCUAUCUCUCAUUUGUGUUUACAGCUAUUUUCCCCAGGAGGCUAUGGUUCCAUUUGUAGUGCUAAGGGGCCCAGCUCAGGCUCAGCCCCAGAAUGCACAGAGCAACAGUAUAGCAGAAGGAGGGUCCUCAUCCUUAAGUCUUUAAGUCAGACUAUUUGAUAUUUUUCUCCCUGCCCUCUCUUCCUAUACACACACACACACACAUACACACACACUCAUACACACACACACACACACACCACUCUCUGUAGGAGGAAAGGAGCCAGCAAGUGGGCCUAUUUGA